ACGUCUGGGGCCCGGCGAAAAAGGGCAGUUCCAAACGCGCUGGGGAGUGCACGAACGCACCUAGUGGACAGUGGUGGCGGGAACCGGGCUCAGGGGACCCAGGAGAGGCCGGAGGACUCGGAGUGGGCGCGAGCCUCGGACCAAUGCUGGCAGAGUGCCCCGCUGCCCUCAGCGAAGGUACUUUGGGAACCCUGGAGCCGAACUGAGCCAUGACACAGCCGUUGGAACCCCUGGAGAGGGCCUGGUGUGAGAAGACUUGGAGUUAUCUGUGAGAAAACCUUUGGAGAGCACCCCCCCCACCACAGGGACGCUCUUGGAUCCUGUAAGGAAGAGGCUCUGGGGCCUAGGCCCUUCUGCCUGGGCAGCAGACGGCUGGGCUGCAGCUAUGGACCGUGAGCUGGCCCAGCCCGUGUCCUUGCUGAGCCUGCCCGUCUGCAGCCGCUCCCACCAUGGGCUCCUCAGUAUACAUCACAGUGGAGCUGGCCAUUGCUAUGCUGGCUGUCCUGGGCAACGUGCUGGUCUGCUGGGCCGUGUGGAUCAACAGCAACCUGCAGAACGUCACCAACUUCUUUGUGGUAUCGCUGGCGGCAGCUGACAUCGCAGUUGGUGUACUCGCCAUCCCAUUUGCCAUCACCAUCAGCACUGGGUUCUGCGCUGCUUGCCAUGGCUGCCUCUUCUUCGCCUGCUUCCUCCUGGUCCUCACACAGAGCUCUAUCUUCAGCCUUCUGGCCAUUGCCAUUGACCGCUACAUCGCCAUUCGCAUCCCACUUCGGUACAAUGGCUUGGUGACUGGCAUGAGGGCCAAGGGCAUCAUUGCAAUCUGCUGGGUGCUGUCAUUUGUAAUYGGCCUGACGCCCAUGCUGGGCUGGAACAACUGCAAUCAGCCAAAGGAGGGCAAGAAUCACUCUCAGGACUGCGGCGAGGGCCAGGUGACCUGUCUCUUUGAGGAUGUGGUGCCCAUGAACUACAUGGUAUACUACAACUUCUUCGCUUUUGUGCUGGUGCCCCUGCUGCUCAUGCUGGGCAUCUACUUGCGAAUCUUCCUGGCGGCCCGGCGACAGCUGAAGCAGAUGGAGAGUCAGCCCCUGCCAGGGGAGCGGGCUCGGUCCACACUGCAGAAGGAAGUCCAUGCUGCCAAGUCACUGGCCAUCAUUGUGGGUCUCUUCGCCCUCUGCUGGCUGCCCCUGCACAUUAUCAACUGCUUUACCUUUUUCUGCCCCCAAUGCAGCCAUGCCCCUCCCUGGCUUAUGUACCUGGCUAUUGUCCUCUCCCACAGUAAUUCUGUUGUUAAUCCUUUCAUCUAUGCCUACCGCAUCCGCGAGUUCCGCCAGACCUUCCGCAAGAUCAUUCGCAGCCAUGUCUUGAGGCAGCGGGAACCCUUCAAGGCAGGGGGCUCCAGUGCCCGGGCCUUGGCAGCUCAUAGCACAGAGGGAGAGCAGGUUAGCCUCCGCCUCAAUGGCCACCCCCCAGGGGUGUGGGCAAAUGGCAGCGCACCCCAUCCUGAGCGGCGGCCCAAUGGUUAUGCCUUGGGGCUGGUGAGUGGAGGGAAUGCCAAAGGGUUCCACGGGGAUACCAGCCUCGCAGAUGUGGAGCUCCUUAGCCGUGAGCACAAGGGAGCAUGCCCAGAGUCCCCUGGCCUAGAGGACCCCCUGGCCCAGGGCGGAGCAGGAGUGUCCUGAUGGUGCAUGGAGUUUGCCCCUUCCUGAGAGAAGGAAAUCUUAAUCUUUCUGGUUGGCUGGACCAGUCACAUUGGGAGAAGAGAAGAAUGAGUGUGCUGGGAGACCCAUCGGGCGUCUGAUUCACUUUGGACUGAGAGGAGGGAGCCCCAAGCUGGAGCAGCAUGAGUCCCAGCAAAAAGGGGUUAGGGUCCAAGGAAGCAGAUGUUUCAUGCUGUCAGGCCCUGUCCGAGGCCAGGGCCACAGCACCAACAGCAUCUUGGCUGGGCAGGGCCCAGUCCCCCACUCCAUGAAGUAUCUAAAAGCCCCAAUUUGUCUGCAGAGAAGCUGUGACCUGAGGCUGGGGAAUGCCUUCAACAGACCUCCUGCCACACACCACCCUUGGCAGACUUUCUAGGGCUCCGGGAGCUGCUGGACCAGAGGUGGAAGUUAACUCCCCCCCGCAGAAGAUCUUGUGCAAGGAAAUCCUAUUUUAUUAUCUUUCCCUCCCUGGCUUCUAGGCCUGUUGUCCAUCCUGCUGCUAACCUGGCACCAGGAGUUUGCCCAGGGAGUUGGGCAGCCCUCUCCUGCUGCCACAAACUGCCAUGCACUUAGUCCCAGGGCCAACUCUUGAGGUGACAAAGGUAGGCUGGAGGACAGACAGUUGUAACGGGAACAGUGCCAGGGCAUAGACUCAGGCCCCAGGGGAGAGGUCAGGGCUUGCAGGCCAAGGCAAGGCCUUGUGCCAGGGCAGCUCAGAGCUGCCCAAUUAGAGGCCCUGUCUAACUGCCUUUACUUCUAA